AGAACAGCCCCUUUCUUGAGCAAAAAGCAAAUCUUGGUCUGCGUCAAGAUUUCCUUUUUUAGUUCAAAUACUCCACAUUUCUCUCCAGUCGUCCACAAAACUUGGGCGAACAACCGGGUCGGGUCCCAUUUUCACUGGCCACUCACUAAAGACUACAGAAAAUUAUAGCGAGAACCCUUUUGCCAAGUUCAACGGUCCCCCGCUAGAACUUUCCAAGAACUCUGUUUCUCAAUCCUCUGGUUUAAGGGUUUCUGUAGGGUUUUACCCCACACCCAUUUCCACCCAGCUGUCUCUCCUGAAUCCAAUACGGUAUAAAGCGGACAAAUGGUCCGGUCCCAUGGACUCCAGCUCGCGCGCCGCUCCCUGUCCUCUUUUCUCUUCCACAACUGCCAUUCCUAUAAUUGUGAUCCCUUAUUGAGUGGAGGCUUCAGGAGCUUCAGCGCCGCAAUUUCCAAUCAGUCUAGGGGUCUUUUUAGUUCCAAUUUGGGAAACGUGGAUAAUGAGAGGUACUGUUUGAAGCCAGGAUUUUCCAAUAAUCUUUUAGGUGCAUCACGAUCAAUUCAUAGCACUGCACAAUUGUCAAGAGAUUUCUAUGACGUUCUUGGCGUCAGUAAAAAUGCAACAGCAUCUGAAAUCAAGAAAGCUUAUUAUGGGCUUGCAAAGAAGUUGCAUCCUGAUACUAAUAAAGAUGACCCAGAAGCUGAAAAGAAAUUCCAAGAAGUCCAGAAAGCCUACGAGGUCUUGAAGGAUGAAGAGAAGCGCCAGCAAUAUGAUCAGCUUGGCCAUGAAGCUUUUGAACGUGCUGGAAAUGGUGAAGGUCCUGGGUUUGAUCCAUUUGGAGCUGGCUUUAAUCCAUUCCAGGACAUAUUCAGAAAUGCAGAUAUUUUCAACAUCUUCAAUAGGAACAUGGGUGGUGAAGACGUCAAGGUCUCAGUUGAGCUAUCCUUUAUGGAAGCUGUCCAUGGAUGCACCAAGACGCUGUCAAUCCUGACUGAUUUGACUUGCGAUACUUGUGGUGGAACUGGCGUUCCUCCUGGGACAAGGCCUGAAACUUGUAAACGAUGUAGAGGCUCUGGUAUGAUUGUAUCUCAAAAUGGUCCUUUCACACUUCAAUCUACCUGUCCAAAUUGCGGAGGAGCUGGGAAAAUUGUAUCGAGCUUCUGCAAGUCGUGCAAGGGUAAGCGAGUAGUGAAAGGCCCAAAGACAGUGAAGUUGAACGUCAUGGCAGGGGUGGACAACAAUGAAACUAUUAAGAUUCCCAGAAGUGGUGGAGCAGAUCCUGAUGGAAAUCAACCUGGUGAUCUUUAUGUUAUGAUUAAGGUCAGGGAAGACCCAGUCUUCCGUAGAGAAGGGGCUGACAUCCAUGUUGAUGCAGUUUUGACCAUUAGUCAGGCAAUUUUGGGAGGAACAAUCCAGGUUCCUACCCUGACUGGGGAUGUUGUUGUUAAGGUUCGACCUGGCACUCAACCUGGCCAAAAGGUUGUUUUGAGGAAGAAGGGGAUUAAAGUUAGAAACUCUUUCUCAUUCGGGGAUGAGUAUGUGCACUUCAAUGUCAGCAUUCCGACAAACUUGACUGAGAGACAGCGUCAAUUGAUUGAGGAGUUUGCUAAAGAAGAGCAGGGGGAAGAUGAUAAGGGGGCUGCUGCAGGAGUAUCAGGUUGAAUCCACUGGCUGCUCUGUGCUGCAAAGAUUUCGUAGGCAGAAGAAGAAAAAGAAUUACUUACACUUCAUUUCCUGAAGCUGGAAAAUUUUGGCCGAGCAACAGAAUUAAAUAUUUUUUACCCCUUCACGGUAUUAUUUCUUGGCAGUUGACCAUAUUUACUAUAGAUAAGCAUUUUGCUAAUAGGUUGUGUGUCUUUAAUCUUCUUAGCCACACUGUACAUAAGCACGAUGAUCCUUAAGAUAUGUCCAGUAUAUGUUAGGAACAUGAAGUUGUUGCUACUGCUUGAUCGCGAUAUUCUUCCUGCCAUGGUUAAGGGGAGCAUGGUGUGUAGUCUAGCAAGAGCUUGCAAUCCACGGUGAUGAUAUUUGCCUUUUUACCCUAUGAGAUGUCACGAAGAAGUUCAUGCAAGGGCAGCAACCUAUUUAGAUUGGGGAUGUGAAGAAGCUUGAGAAAAGAACUAUCCUAAUAAGCCAAUUGAAGAACAAA